AACAACUUACAGACGGACUGACUUUAAACGACCGAGAACCGGACACGAAAGCGCAACACUUCUAAGCAUCUCAAAAUUCGCCACAUGUCAUUUUUGCCACUUGGCCUCUUCUUAUAGGCCAAUUUCCUUCUACUUUCCACGUCGGUCACCCGUCCACUAUAAAAAUCAUAGCCCAGAGUCAAGAAACUUCGUCUUUUCUCUCCAUUUCUUACAAAAUUCAGAUCCUCUCUUCCAAAAAAUUGUAAUUCUUAUGAGGAAUAUGUUAUUCAGAUUAGGGAUAUUCUUAUCUAUACUAUCGUUGUUCCUAAUUAAGUCGGAAUCCGCUGUUUCAAGCAUAGAUCUAGGUUCAGAAUGGCUGAAAGUCGCCGUCGUGAAUCUAAAACCCGGCCAAAGUCCAAUCACCAUUGCCAUCAACGAGAUGUCGAAGAGAAAAUCCCCAGCCUUAGUCGCAUUCCAAUCGGAAACUCGCUUGCUUGGAGAAGAAGCAGCCGGAAUCGUCGCUCGUUAUCCCGACAAAGUCUUUUCCAAUCUUCGAGACAUGGUUGGGAAGCCCUAUCAAGACGUCAAGCGAUCCGCCGAUUCAAUGUACCUUCCGUUCGAUAUAGUAGAAGAUUCUAGAGGUGCCACGAGGAUUCGAGUUUCGGACGACGCUAGUUAUGCCGUUGAGGAGUUGUUGGGGAUGAUUUUGAAGUACGCAACGAAUUUGGCGGAGUUUCAUUCGAAAGUGACGGUUAAGGAUGCGGUAAUUUCGGUGCCACCGUAUUUUGGACAAGCAGAGAGGAAAGGGUUGCUGACGGCGGCGGAAUUGGCCGGAAUAAACGUGAUUUCGUUGAUAAAUGAGCAUUCGAGUGCGGCAUUGCAGUAUGGGAUCGAUAAGGAUUUCUCGAAUGGGUCAAGGCAUGUGAUUUUUUAUGAUAUGGGUUCGAGUAGUACUUAUGCAGCUCUUGUUUAUUAUUCUGUUUAUACUGCUAAGGAGUUUGGGAAAACUGUUUCGGUCAACCAAUUUCAGGUGAAGGAUGUUAGAUGGGAGUCAGAACUAGGAGGACAGAACAUGGAAUUACGGCUGGUGGAGUACUUUGCAGAUGAGUUCAAUAAACAAGAUGGAAAUGGGGUUGAUGUCAGGAAGUAUCCCAAGGCAAUGGCUAAAUUGAAGAAACAGGUGAAGCGAACAAAAGAAAUUUUAAGUGCAAAUACAGCAGCUCCGAUAUCUGUUGAAUCUCUCCACGAUGAUAGGGACUUCAGGAGCACCAUAACUCGUGAGAAAUUUGAAGAGCUCUGUGGAGACCUUUGGGAUAAAUCUCUUAUACCUGUGAAAGAACUGCUUAAGCAUUCGGGUUUGCAAGCUGAUGAUAUAUAUGCCGUGGAGUUGAUUGGAGGUGCUACUCGAGUGCCAAAGUUGCAGGUUAAGCUCCAGGAAUAUUUUGGAAGGAAAGAUCUGGACAAACAUCUAGAUGCUGAUGAAGCUAUUGUUCUUGGUGCAGCACUCCAUGCUGCCAAUUUAAGUGAUGGAAUUAAGUUGAAUCGUAAGCUGGGAAUGGUUGACGGUUCUUCUUACAGUUUUGUCGUUGAAUUAGAUGGGCCUGAUCUUUCAAAAGAUGGGGCCAACAGGCUUUUAUGGGUGCCAAGGAUGAAAAAACUUCCCAGUAAGAUUUUCAAGUCCUUUAAUCAUAGCAAAGAUUUUGAAGUGUCACUUGCCUAUGAUCAUGAAGAUCUUUUACCUCCAGGGCUUUCCUCCCCCGUAUUUGCUCAGUAUGCAGUGUCUGGUUUAACAGAUGCAGCUGAGAAGUAUGCAUCUCGGAAUUUGUCUUCUCCCAUCAAAACAAGUGUGCAUUUCUCUCUUAGUAGAAGUGGAAUUCUUUCUUUGGAUCAAGCAGAGGCUGUUAUUCAGAUAUCAGAAUGGAUAGAAGUUCCUAAAAGGAAUUUGACCGUAGAGAAUACAACCAGUGCUUCCCCCAGUGUAUCUGUUGAUGUUGGUACUAAAAACACUUCUGAAGAAACUAAUAAUAGCUUGGAUUCAGAUGGUGGGAUUAGUAAUGCACCUAACAGUAGUGUUGGAGAACCAAGUAUGAUGGAUCUUGGUACAGAAAGAAAACUAAAGAAGCGGACCUUCAAAAUUCCACUGAAGAUAGUGGAGAAAACAGUGGGACCUGGAAUGUCUCUUUCAAAAGAAUCUUUUUCUGAUGCUAAACGUAAACUGGAAGCAUUGGACGUGAAGGAUGCAGAGCGGAGAAGAACAGCAGAGUUAAAAAAUAGCCUUGAAGAAUAUAUUUAUGCUACAAAAGAGAAGCUUGAAACAUCUGAAGACUUUGAAAAAAUAUCUCCAAUUGAUGAACGCCAAUCUGUCAUAAAAAAGCUUGAUGAGGUUCAAGAAUGGCUGUAUACUGAUGGUGAAGAUGCAACUGCCACGGAGUUUCAGGAACACCUCAAUUUGUUAAAAGCUACUGCUGACCCAAUAUUUUUCCGAUUUAAAGAGUUGUCUGCACGACCAGCAGCAGUAGAAGUUGCUCGACAAUACCUUACUGAAUUGCAACAGACUAUUCAUGGGUGGGAGACAGACAAACCUUGGCUGCCAAAGGACAGAGUAGAUGAGCUGUCAGUCAAUGCGGACAAGUUCAAGACUUGGUUGGAUGAGAAGGAGGCUCAGCAGAAGAAGACAUCUGAAUUCAGCACACCUGUUUUCACAUCCGAAGAAGUGUUCAAGAAGGUACUCAGUUUACAAGACAAGGCUGCAAGCAUCAAGAGAAUCCCCAAGCCAAAGCCUAAAGUUGAGAAGCCUGUAAAGAAUGAAACUGAGACAAAUUCCAAGAAUGCUGAAAAUUCUUACUCGACUCCUGAGAAUGAUAACUCUCAAAAUGACAAACCAGCUGGGGACUCAGAUAGCUCAACCAGUGAAGAAGUUGGCUUGGAAAGCUCAAUCAAUGAAGAAGUUAAUGUAGAGUCAGAACCCCACGACGAGUUAUAAUCAGUUGACACAACAAGCGAGACCCUUUAACUAAUUAUCACCCUUCUGACUUAGUAAGUAGAGACCAGGCAUUCCAGUAAAUUUACUCUAUGGAAGAAAUCAUAGUGGUAUUGCCAUACUUUACUGCUGUUGAGAUUAAUGGAUGGUGUCUGGUGGUUGAAACACCGUUUUGCUGAAGGGUUCUUAGCUCCCUCCAUCAGCGGUGAUUAUGCUUCCCUGAAAGGUGAGUAUUUCUUGGUAGUCUAGCUUGCCCCAUGGAGUUUAUGAGACAGUACAGUGUUAGAGCAUUUUGUUAUAUCCUUUAUAAUGAGAAUUGAUAGAUUCUUCUCAAGAAAAAAAACACAAGAACCAAUCUUCUUGGGAUUAAGUUUGUAUUUUUUCCAAAUUGGGUGAUAAAAUGGUUUGACUUUAACACCCUUUUUUAUGCCAAAUGUUUUAUGUCAAACUUUGGUGAAUGAUAUGGUUCUGUCGCCGUUUUUCGUUUCUUUUUGGAUCAAUCUCCUUGGGAUUAAGUUAUAUUUUCCGUCAACUGCUUAGAGUGUUGGUAGAGUAUUUAUGUUGGUAUAAUCUCUUCAAAAGAAUGUUUUCAAAAUCAGUCUCCAGAAUAGUUCUAAUUGAGCAUGACCUUUUUGUCAACUUAGGUUCUGUUUGAUAAAUUG